AUGGAAAAAUCACAUAGAGAUCAUAUCGAUAAGGAGCUUGAUAAGCAUCUAAACGAGCUCAAUAUUUCAAAUGAUAGCUCUCAUGAAGAUAACACAUCCUCUUUUGCAUCUGCAACAAAUGUGACCUCAGGAACUCAACAGAGACAUUCAACUUCACCACUUUCUAGAUCUAUAAGACCAAGUCCAUAUGGAAAUGGAAACGGUUCUGAAUCGAGAUAUUCAUCUUGCUCCAACUUUUACAACGAUGAAAACACAGACAACAUUGCUUAUGAGCAGCAUUCAUCCGUUCAUGAUUUGCUCUAUCAACCAAAGCCACUUAGAGAUCAAAAAAAUCGCCCUAUAAGUACACCUUUGAACACGAGACCGGCUUCACCUUACACCUUAAACCCAACAAUAGAUGCUGAUGGCCUUUCAUGGCCUUCAAUUGGUGCUAGGAAGCGUAUUGAUAGUACACCAGAGGAAGCCGAACAAAGAUUGAAAAAAAUCGAAGGUGCCAUAAAAACCAUUAUUACCGAGUUGGGUGAGGAUGUUAAUAGAGAAGGUAUGAUAAGGACACCUGAGAGAUACGCAAAGGCAAUGCUCUUUUUUACAAAAGGUUAUGAGGAUAAUAUCAAAGAUGUUAUUAACCAAGCUGUAUUCGAGGAGGAUCACGAUGAGAUGGUUAUUGUCAAAGAUAUUCAGAUAUACUCUCUGUGUGAGCAUCACCUUGUUCCUUUCUAUGGAAAGGUUCAUAUUGGUUACAUUCCAAACAAGCGUGUGCUUGGGCUAAGUAAGCUUGCUAGAUUGGCGGAAAUGUAUGCCAGACGUUUUCAAGUGCAAGAAAGGUUAACAAAGCAGAUUGCCUUAGCUUUGAGUCAAAUACUUCAUCCUAGAGGGGUGGCGGUUGUCAUAGAAGCAACACAUAUGUGCAUGGUUAGCAGAGGAAUUCAGAAGACAGGUGCUUUAACAUGUACCAGUAGUAUGUUAGGAUGCUUCCGCUCACAACAGAAAACUAGAGAUGAAUUUCUCUCCCUACUAAAUAGAAAGACCACUGUUUAA